AGUUCGCCUCGUUUCCAGUUUCAAAUCAGUUCAAACAUGUCUUCACACUGGUUCCCUUCUCGAAUGGGAGCUCGAAAAAAGUUCAUUUUAAUUCGUUAGAUUAGGAUUUAAUUAAAUUCAAUCAUGUGAGAAUAGUACAGUGCUUGAAAAUGACUCUCAAUUCCGGUUUAAGUUUUUCAAACCAGAAGAAGCCUACAUUCAGGCGAUCGAUAACCAUUGUUUUGACGUUCGUCGCAGCAUCCUCGACCGUACGGAUGAGAUGCAGAAAUGAAGUGAAGUUCUUUAAUUAAAAAUCAAUCUCGAAUAGCAUGCUGAGUAACCCCCUGGAGCGCAAAUGGGGUGCACAGGAGAUAAAUUAGCAAAAAUGUGAACAGUUCAGUCCAAAGUGGACAUAAUCUAAUGUCUUCCAGCCGCUUUCGGGCGAGCAGCCACUUAGUGUAAUGAAGUUAAUCUAUAGUGAAAUGUAGUUUCAAAAGUGAUGCUUGGAGAAUCCAACGUCUUCCCCCUAGUGUUAAGGAAAAGCAGUCUUCCAUAUUGCCUAGAUUUAGAAUUAAGGAUUUAGAAUGAAAAAGCUUAAACCGGCGGAUAAAUUCCGGCGCAGAUUGGCGGCCAUGAAGAAGGCCUCCAACAAAAGCAAAAAGGACAUCAAGUUCUUUGAGCACGAUGUUCGCCUCAAGGAGGGUGAAACGGGUGAUGAACCAUCGGAGAUGGAUGUUGUAAACCCUGAAGAGCUUCCCGGUGCGAUUCCGGAUUCGUCAACAAAUCCGGAAGAGUUUCAGAAGCCGUCUACGGUGGAACAAGUCGCUAGUCCAUCAUCUUCUGAAUCUUCCUCGGAACGGAAGAUGAAAUCUACGGUGCACAUCAACCCCAGGCAUCCCCGUAAUACCAGUUUCAAGAAACGCAAGGCCUUGAUGAACAGCAAUAGAAAAAAGUUCCUGAAAAAGCUACGCCAAUUGCAGCACCUGCAGGCGCAACAUCCUGCUCUGUAUCUACCCCCGUCAUCGCAACCGGGUUCUGGUGGUGGUCGAUUCCGACAUUUGUCGGCAGCGCUUCAUCAUGGUCCAACCGGGAAGCAGUGUUGCUGUCAGUGCGCAUGCUCGGCAAACAUCAAUUUCCAACACCACCUUCAACGGCAGCAGCAAAGUCUUCCGCAGCAACAACAGUACCAGCCGUCGGACAGGAGAGAACCCUAUUCGGAAUCGUCUUCGGAUGCGACUCCCCCCGGUUUGACACUACCGAUACCGAUAGCACAAAGUGAUUCCGCGGCUCCGAAGGAGUUUAUUGGAUACAAACAGUAUCAUCAUCAGCACCACCACCACCGACCCCAUCACAAUCAAUACUUCCACCAUCGUCCUCGUCUGCUGCCACCACAACAGCAAUAUCAUCAACAUUCGUCUCAAGGGCAUCAACAUCAGCAAUAUCCCCAUCAAAGACGGCCUCCAUUUCCGACACCUGAACAAGUGGAUGCGGCUCCUGCUGCUGUGGCGAGCACGCUGCCUUACUGCACGAAAGAGAUGCACAGCGUCGUGAGCGUCCGUGAGACCCACCACAUCGCCCAGGCCCAGCAGGAGAAGAACGCCAAACUGCGCGAGGCGUUCGGCAUCUCGGAGUACUUCGUCGAGGGCACCAGCUUCGAUCAGGACCGCAAGGCCAAGGAGGACCUGGCCAAGUCGGAGGCCGCCCAGAAGGACCUGGCCGAGAGGGAGCGGGCCCGGGAGGCGGACAAGGCCAACCGGAAGCGCUACGCCCUGGUGAGAACGCCUUCGCCGGAGAAGCAACAGGCGGAACAGUCCAAUGGCAAAGGGGGCCGCAAGCAUCAUCACCGGAACGGUGACGACGAUGACGAUGAUGACGAUGACGGUGGGCGCAGCAAGGAUGACAAGAAGAAACGCAAGAAGAAGAACCGUGACGCGUCCUCCAGUCCCGAGCGCAAGAAGGACAAGAAGAAGAAGUCCAAGAAAAACAAGAAAGACAGAUCGUCGAAGAAGAAACACUCGAAGCGGUCCCAUCACCAUCGGGAUGACAGCGCUUCCGAUUCGGACUCGGACGACUCGGCCGAUACCAACAGUUCCGAUUCGGCCCUUUCGGACCACGAGGGAGGCGGAAAGUCCCGGCGCCACAAGCGGGAAUCCCGCAAAGAUAAGAAAAAGAAAAGCUCCAAGAAAAAGCGAGCCAAGUCACGUUCCCACUCCCGUGACAGCUCUUCGUCCAAGCGUCCGGAGCGCAACCAUCAUCAAUCCCACGAGGAAAAGCGUAACAGCAAGAAGGAUAAGGACAAGGACAAGAAUCGCUACGAGGACUCCAGCGUGAGCCGUGAUCGGUACGAUCGUAGAGGAGACGAUCGCUACGGGUAUCAUCAGCAGCAGCACCAGCGAGACCGUGACGAACGCGGCGCCAAUCGAGUUGAUCGCUAUGGCAAAGGCGAAGAGCGAGAGCGUAGAAGUCGAUCGCGGAAUCGUCGCCGAAACAGAUCAGAGGAACGGGACAAGUCCAGAUCAAAGUCUAGAUCCGAGUCUAGGGGCAGACACAGAUCUAGGUCAGCUUCAAACGAUCAUGGAAAACGUAAUAAGGGUUAUGACAAGCGCGACAGAAGCGUUGAGAAAGUGAAGGAGAAAAAGAGAGACAAAUCUCCCAAGAAGGGAGACGGGGAAAAGAGAUCGCAGAAGGACAGAUCUCGUUCGAGAUCAGAUAGCAGGAAGAGAGAGCACCUAAAGUCGAAAGAUAAGCGACGUGAUCGAAGUCGAUCCAACAGCCCGAAGAAAUCGGAACUUAAAACCAAGGAGAAGCGUCGAGAUCGCUCUAGGUCUUUCAGCAAGAAACGAGAUGAAUCAAGAACAAAGGAGAAACGUCGGGAUAGAUCCAGAUCUGUCAGCAAAUCGAAGCAGUCUACUAAAGACAAACGUCGAGAAAAGUCAAAGGACCGCAAGGAGCGCAAGAAAUCAGAGACUCCAGAACGAAGAAGACGCGACCGAAGCGAUAGCCCAAGAAGGAAGCCAAGUAAAUCACCAGUAAAGUCGAAGAAACGUCACGAGUCUCCAGUAUCCAAGAGUUUUCGACAGAAGUCACGAUCGCCAUCGCCAAAACGUGACCGUAGAGAUCAAUCGUCUCCAGUUGCGAAGACUUCCCGCAAGAAGUCUCGAUCGCCAUCGCCAAAACGUGACCGAAGAGAUCAAUCAUCUCCUGUUGUGAAGAUUUCCCGCAAAAAAUCUCGAUCACCGUCGCCGAAACGCGACCGAAGAGAUCAACCGUCUCCAGUUGCGAAGACUUCUCGCAAGAAGUCUCGAUCACCGUCGCCGAAACGUGAUCGAAGAGAUGACCGUGAUCGUGCAUCUCCAGUUGCAAAGUUGUCGCGUAAAAAGUCACGAUCGCCACCACCAAAACGAGACAAGCGGGAGAGCUCCAAAUCACCUGUCGUUAGCAAGAAGCAACGUUCAAGAUCACCCAUUAGUUCACGCAAGGAACGUUCGCCUGUGGAUAACCGUAGGAAUAGGUCUAACUCUCCAACAGAGAAACGCAAGAAACGAUCACCUUCCCCGGUGAGACCGAGCAGAAAAGAGCGCUCGAGGACUCCCGUGAAACUCCAUCGUGCUCGAUCUCCGUCGCCUGAUCAAAUGAAUAAACCUUCGACCAGUUCUUCGUUCAAUAAUCGGAGGGAGCGAUCAAAAUCUCCUUCCGAUAGACGCAAGAAACGAUCGGCAUCUCAAGAAAAAGUGUAUAAAGAGCGAUCGAGAUCGCCUGUCGCCAUGCAGAAAUCAGUGGAGGGUAAGACCCGUCGUUCAAAGUCACCUGAAACCAAGAAAUCUUCGAGAAAACCUAGCCCAGAUAAGCCAUCUCGUAAUGCUAAAUCUCCAAAACGAGAUUCUAACACUCCAGUCGAGCAACGAAAAGAUGAUCGCAGCCGCUCCGAUUCCGCUUCCGAUGACUCUUCGGAUUCUUCUGAUCUGAGCUACUCGCCCGCACAACGUGACCCCGAGCGAUAUCGCGACAUUCUAGAAGGAAAACCCGUUGAAAUAAAGCCGAGAUCACCGUCCAAGGAACGCCGGCAAUCAACUUCAUCGUCGUCCGAAGGAGGAUCUUCUCCCAAAACUGCGAAGGAUUUCCUGAAGAAAACCUCCAGAUUCCGCCGCGAUCGAAGUCCAGCUGCACCUCCUCCAGCUCCAGAGCCGGUGGCCAAAUCGCGUUCGAAGUCACCACCAAAGAAACGUCGAUUCGAGACGCCACCUCCGCUGGAGAAACCAGAGGCACGAUCCCCGACUGGCAAGAAACGUAAGGAACGUUCCCCUUCGCCCGAGACUUCCAAGAAGUCUGAGCCAGCAACAAACGAUCGCGAUCGUACGCGUUCUCCGGAUGCUCCCCCGAAACGAUCUCCACCCGCAGUUGCCGAAAAGGUCAAACAACCCAAGAAACCCAAAAAGAAACAAAAUCCUCCCGUUCAACAGCCGGUUGUUAAACUUCAAUCGCCGGCUUCUUCAUCUACCGCAUCCGACAGUGAAUCGGAAGAUCCUCAGAGAAAAUCCAAGCAAAAAGAUCAAUCCGAUCACUUGGAUGCUUUCCUUCCGACCUUCGGUGAUAAUCGCGAAGAUAAGGAUCUAUCGUUGCUGAAAGCUUUGAAGAAUGACCUUGCGGCUAAGGCCAAGCAGUGUUUGGAAAAGAAGAAGUCUGUUUCGGAACAGCAGGGUGAUACUGCUGAAGUUGGUCCUCCACGAGUUGGUGAAAGCCGUGAGCGCAACAUCCAGAUUCAGCAGGCCAAAAUGGCAUCCCUGGCCGCUGCUAGUACUGCGGCUCUCGGUACCGGAAAAGGCAUUGAAUUCACUACGGAGACAACGGUACCCGAGGAACCUAUAAGGAAGAAAGAAGUGAAUGUAGCAUCAACCAGCGGAAUCAAUACCAAUCAGAUCAAGAAGGAUAUCCAUGAAAUUCUGACGACGGUUGGAGCGUGCCGCAUGGAUGACAGUAAGGGAUCCGGAGGAAGUUCCACCGUGGUUAGCUUGGCCAAGAGCACAAUCCUCAGCGCGGUGGACAACAUUUUGAAGGAGAAGAUCUCCGGAGCGGUUGAGUCGGCAGCGAACUCACGCAAAUCUCGCAGCACGUCCAGAUCACGGUCCAGGUCCAGGUCGCGAUCGCAUAGAUCGCGUAGCUACAGCAGUUCCAGCUCCAGCUCUCGCAGCUCCCGUUCCCGUAGCCAUUCGUCGCGUUCGCGAUCGCGCUCCAGCCGGGGCAGCAGCCGAUCGCGAUCGCACAGCAGUACUUCCCGCUCUCGAUCCCGAACGCCACCGCCGCGUCGUUCCAAGUCACGGUCGCCAUCAAUACCGCGCCGUGCCGGGUCGCCAAGUUUCCUCGAUCGACGCCGGAUCACCAGUGCACGGAAGCGUCCCAUUCCAUACCGUCGUCCAACUCCAUCGUCGAUGUCCAGCGGAAGCAGCUACAACAGCCGUAGUCGCUCCCGGUCCAGAAGUCGCAGCAAAAGCAUGUAAAUCUAACUAAACCAAAAAGAACAACUAACCGGUGUUUUGAAGCUAAUACUUAAAUAUAGAAACCAUCAUCUAGUCUAUAACUGCAUAUAUCCCAACCAGUAAGGGCAGAAACUAAAACGGAAAUCAAAAACAAUCAAAUGAAAGCAAGAAAUAACUCGUCAGCCCCCUUGACAAAUGAUGAUAUUCUAUCAGAUAUUAUGAACUAACAAACUAUCAUAGAUUUCAUCUCAAAAUCAGAGAUCUUAAACCGUGUGAUUCUUUGUUGAAGAAAUGCUAAUUCUAAUUCUAUCUUUGAUUUGAUAAUACUCACCUAAACAAUUGUAACCAAUCUAGUCAUUCAACUAUUAGUUUAUUCUAGGAGUUUUCUUUCACUUGAAAUGGUGCAAUUUCGAUCGAGCUAAGUCAGAACGUUUUGCUUCUUAAUUAUAAAAUGCUUAGAACAAAAUAUUUAUUCCAAUUGGUUUGAUAAUUUAUUUAACUUAAUUUAUGAGAACCUAAGUUUGAUUGCGUCAAAUUGAAAACGUUCUUCUAAACCAUUUUAUCAAUGAAACAAGUAUUCCAUGGUCAAUACAAUGUGAUUAUCAAAGUACUAA